UUGUAUAUCUAUUAUGUAUGCUUCAUACUUUCGUUAUGUGUAUUCUAUACAAUUCUAUGCGUAUAUUGUUGGUGUCAUAGAGGUGGAUGUUGGUGUUUUACGCCGCCAUUUCGCUGUGUUGGGGAUCGUCUCGUCUGGUCCUUGUAAAAUGAGUUCGUUAAAUGUAUUACCCACUAGGUAUCAUCAUUGUUGAAACACAUCAUUUUAGCCCAAGUUUGGAAUCAUCAAAUCUAGUUAAAGCUAAAAUACGUCCAAUGGAUUCAGACGAAUCCCGAGAUUUAUCUUCUGCUAGUGAUAGUGAGAGUGAUGGAGAAAUGCAGUCACGUUCUAGACAGAGAUCUCAAAGUGAUUCUCCAUCAACAAGAGGCAGGUCGAAUUCGAGUUUUAGUGAUUCUGAGACUGAAAAGCAAAAUGUUAAUAAACCCAAGUCUGACAGUAGCUCCACCAGUAGAUCUUCUAGAAGUCGCUCAGUGUCAGUUGAUAGCAAGACAAACAAAUCAUCACAAAACAGUACGCCACAACAUCCAGAAAGCAGGUCGGAAUCCGUCAGUUCUCUAAAAUCUCCGCAUUCUAGAGCCGGUUCAAAGUCUCCAGAAAAUAAAUCUCCUAUUUCUAGAUCAGCUUCUAUGUCACCUAUCUCUAGACCAACUUCAACAGGUUCUAAACUUGUUCAUUCUUCUAAAUCUCUUGAUCAGCCCAACAGAUAUGCUGCUUUGUCUUUUUCAUCAGAAAAUAGAAACAUAAGAGUUAAAUCUCCACAAACAAGUGGUGAUAGAAAUAGACCUCCUAUUAUCAGAGAGGGGACACCUAAAUCUCCUUCGAUUGAUUCUACUAGAUCCAAUUCUUCAACAAUAAACCACAAUGAUUUGGAACAGUAUCCACACAGUCCAGUUAAUGGCAGAUCUAAAUCAAUCUCUCCCGACAGAAGGAGUAGAGAGUCAUCUAAAAGUGACUCAUCGAGGACCUCUAAGAUAAUACAUGAAGCAGCAAAUUUGGAUGAUGGCAUCACAUCAGAUUCCAGUGACUCCAGUGAAGAUAACAUUUCAAGACACAGAAAAGGCAUUGUAAAUGCUGAUACAAGGCCUGAAGAUAUUUCUGAUGAUGCUGAUUCUGAUAUUGAAAGAAAAGAAAGGGAGGAGAAGGAAAGAGAAAGGGACGCCAUUCAAAAAGAAAGUGUUGCAAAUUUGCAAAUGGCUCAUGAGGACCUCUCUGACGUGUCAGAUUUAGACGCACCUUCUGACGAUGAUGAAUCUAGAAAAUCAAUUGCGGCAGAUACGAAAGUCAAAGAAUGUCUCAUUGAGGCAGAAGUUAAAAAGGUAGUUGAAAGUAAUGCACGGCCAGAUGAAGGAGAAGAACAGUUAGAUUUUGAAGCAGAAGACGGAGAAUGUGCUGAACCAGAGACCCCAAAGGAUAAAGAGGACUCGAAUAACGUCACAACAGAAGUCGAAAAACGAGAAGCUACUGAUGUCAGAGAAUCAGAAAAAGUGGUGAAAGAAAAAGAACUUGAAGAGGGAGAACUUACCGACGAAGACGAAGCAAGACCUGAAGAAACAGAGCCUCGGCCAGUCUGCCGUUUCUUCUCGAGAGGACAGUGCACUUGGGGUGCUAGUUGUCGUUUUCUGCAUCCGGGAGUCACAGACAAAGGUAAUUAUACAAUGUUUGAACUGAUAAGACCAAUUGUUCCCGGCGAAUUUGGACACGAAAGAAUGUUCUACGGUAGACCAGAACCGCCCCCAAUGGAAUCGGCUUGGGAAAGGGGACUAAGAACUGCCAAAGAGAUGUUACGUAAGUCUAUGAAACGAAAAGAGCAAGAUAUCGAUUUUGAGGAGAAAAAGAUGAACCUCAGCCUUACUCAAGAAGAAUUAGAUAAAGAAAAUGGAUAUUAUACUAGAGGGCCUUCGCCCGAACCCAGGUAUGCUCCUUCAAGACAUGUGGUCCCAGUUGAUUAUACCCCUGCACCUGCCGUUAGGCCUCAACCUGAGGAGUAUUACGCUCGCAGACAGGUCAUAUACGAACCAGAAUAUGCUCCUCCGCCAAGAGAACGGACCCGCCCUUAUAGAGAAAUGCCUGCGCAUCGUGUACCCGAUUACUACCCCACCGCAAAGUAUGAAGAAGAUCCGUCUUCUUCUACCAAGCAGUUGAGAAAACCGAAACGCGAAGUAAUAGUUCAAAGAGUAGAGGAAGAUCGAAGACCAGCUCGUGGAGAUGAAUGGUCAGAUCCAUGGAUGAGAUCCAAAUCUCCUGCGGGACGAAAGGGGCGCCGAAGAUCCUACAGUUCUGGGUCCAGUUAUAGUUCGAGCAGUACAUCUCGAAGUUCAUCGGGUUCAAGCCGUAGUUCGUACAGAUCGAAAUCGUCCAGGCGUCGACAGACGUCGUUGCGACGUCAUAAACGCCAAGUGUCGCCGUCAGUAAUAGUUUCUGAGAGAAAGGCGGCUAACGAAAGAGCAGCACUUAUGAACCCGCCCGCACCGCGUAAAAAGGCCCCUUCUCCAGGUAUGAUGAGGGCAGGAGCUCAAAAUCCUCCUGCGCCUUCUAUGAAAGUUGAUCAGUUUGGACGAACAAGGAGUAAAUUAGCAGUAGCGGCUGCCCUUGCACGGGUUAAAGGUAGAACUAGGGCGUCACGAUCACGUUCAUCAUCCGGUUCUAGUUCUGCUUCAAGUUCUAGUGAAUCGGACUCCUCCGGAAGCAGUAGUUCUAGCAGUCGUGAAAGAAGUCCACCGCGAAGACCCACAGGCGUGGAUUUAGCAAUGGCAUUGAAGGCAAAGGCCAUUGACGCAUUGAAGAGCGGCACAGAAAAACGUCAAAUAAAAUUAAACUUGAAAACGGCUCCUUCAAUAACAAAAAAAACCGAUUUGUCCGAAUUGGCUAUACAUCAUCAACAACAGCAAGGCAAGAAAAGAUCUGCAACUUCAAUGGCUUCUCCACCAAUAUCAUCCGGGUUGGAUACAUCGUUAAAAGUGGCUAAUAAGAAGGCGAGUUCGAGGCGUGAAGAACUUCUCAAGCAACUUAAAGCAGUUGAAGACGCGAUCGCUAAAAAACGGUCGAAAGUAAACUAAAAAAGCUGAGUAGAACUUUUGCGUGAAUUUUAUUCAGACUUUUCUCUUUUGUUUUGUUGAGUAAAUUUGUGGUAAGGUAGAUAUGUAUAAGAAAAUUUUUUUGGUGGUUCAAAUUAAACAACUUGACCUCAGUAUUGUAAUUAAUUCUCAAAAGUGACUAAAUACCGUAUGUUAAAAUGUAACUUGUAACAUUGUAAUAGUAAUAUGCAUAGAGUUUUCUGUCGUAUACUUAUUUUGUUUUUUUUUAUAAAAUGCGCAAUUUUUUGCUGUAUUUAAGAGCUGAUGUAAAAGGUUGUUUAGUUGAAUUAAUUUUGUACAAGAACUUGGUCGCAAAAGAAAAGGUUUUCCUGAAAAUAAACCAAUUUUCAAUUAA